AUGUCAUAUGUGCGUGAGGAUGAGAGGAGCCCAAGAGAAGGGACUGGCUCAUCAAAGGGAAAACAGGCAGAGGAUAGCUCAAGAAGAGGAAUGGAGAUCCCCCCAGUUUAUCGACUCACAUCGGCAGAUAGCACGGGUGCGCAAAUUAUUGCGUGUAAACUCAACGGAGACAAUUACCUGACAUGGUCACGGGCCAUGUUAAUCGCUCUCCGGGCAAGGAACAAGUUGCCGUUUAUUGAUGACUCUCUCGAGAAACCGGGAGAAGGUGAAUUUUUGAGAGAAUGGUGGGAGAGAUGCAACUCCACACUGAUAGCAUGGAUAUUCAACACCAUGGAAGAACACCUCCAGGCUACAGUUGCAUACGCUGUGGACGCAAAAAGCCUCUGGAACGACCUCAAGGAGAGAUACUCCAAGGGUAAUCAAACGAGGGUUUUUCAAAUUAAAACUGAAAUUGCUCUCUUGAAACAGGAAGAAUUAAGCGUUCGAGACUAUUACAAGAAGUUGAAGCUGCUGUGGGACGAGUUGGAAUUUUACCUCGAACAUCCCAGUUGUAGUUGCGGAGCAAGAGCGAUGAUCACGGGACAGCGAGAGAUGGAGAAAUCGUAUCAGUUCCUUAUGGGACUGACCAGUGAAUUCAACACGAUCCGGAGCACAAUCCUUGGUAUCGAGCCAAUGCCGAGCUUGAACAAAGUCUACAACUUGGUCGCCAACGAGGAAUGA